AUGAAUUCAAGACUGGAAUCAAAGCGGUCAUUCCAUCAAGCAUGGACACAAACAGACUAUGAGUUCCCAACGACAGCUUUCUUGGAUGUGAUAAAACAAGACAAUAUAAAUAUGGCGAAACAUCUAGCAGAAACCAGUACUAAUGAAACAAUAAAACUAGGCAAUUCGGACACGGAUCCAAAUAAAAUGAAGAAACAAGGAUUGGGUUUGAAUGCCAGGAGACAAAGCCAAUUAGAGCAGGAAAUAAACAGCAUUAGACAGGUAGUCCAAGAACAAGACAGUAGAUUGAAAAUGCUGGAGCAACUGCUGGGAACUUCGACUACUUUACACUACGUCAGAAGUUUGGAAGAAAAGGUCAACAUUUUGCAGCAGACGAUGGAAGACUUCACCAUUCGUUUAACUUCCCUUGAAGAUGGAAAUGAACGUGAAGAAAUGUCACUAAACGAUCUUUCAUCAAAAGUUGAUAGUAUAGAUCUGACACUGGGAAAUCUAGAGUCAGAGAGAGAGAAUGAGGAAUACAAGUUAAAAGAGUUUGAAGGUAGACUUCUGGAAGCCGAAGCAAACAGGAGAAAGGAUUGGAGCUUUUACCAACAAAAACUGGCAGAUGUUGAAAAUCUGUACAGACAGAUCUGUGAGAUGAUGGCCGGGCAUGUGAGGCCCUUGCGCCGAUUACAAGACACGCUGAACAACAGAGUCCAGAUGACGGAAAAGCGAAACCUGAUGGCAUCACAGUUGGAGUCGAUUAGUGACACAGUUAUGGAUCUGUUGCCUCGAGUGUCCAACUUAGAAUCGCGAGGAAGACAUGGGACCGUUGGAUUUACCGCUUACCUGCCCCUGGUCACAAGGAUGACGACGAGUGGCGUCCUCAAAGAAUUCACCGAUGUCUGCUGUAACGAGGGAAGCUGUUAUAAUCCAGCCAAUGGCAUGUUUACAGCACCCCAGGAUGGUUUAUAUUUUGUGUCAGUAACCCUGAGACAGCGGAAGGAAGGUGCAGUGGACGUCAACGUACUGGCAAGGCGUCGUGCUUCUGGAAACUUGAGGAUUGUCGGGAAGUCAGGGACCCAUAGUGACAAAAAGUGCAGUACCGCUGUGAGUGUUGUGAAGCUGAAGGCGGGAGAUGUACUUUUUGUCAAGGCUGUGUCUGUGGUUCCAGAGGCGUCAUUGUCACAGUACUCGAGCUUCACCUGCUAUAUGAUUGGAUGA